AUGUCAACAUUUGCAGAAGACAGAUUCAACGAACAGUUCGAGCAGGGCAUGAUCGACCAGUUCGAGUGCAUUCGCGACAGCGAGUUGGCACAGGGGUACCAAUAUUUGGAGGACUCAUACUACAAGAUGUGCGACACAUGCAAAAAACAGCUGGACGCAGUCGUCGAAGAACACCCAUACAUUUCUGAUCACGUGAGAAGAUAUUCGAUUAUGCUCAAGAAGCGCUAUGAUCACUAUAUGGGCACCACGGCCGGAACUGCGGGCACUGCAUGA